AUGGUUUUCGAUGCUUUUGGUCAUAGUCACGAUCAAGGGAAUUCCGAGCAGGCUAGUGUUUCAUUAGAGGAGGAUCCUAAUGCACAAGCUAAGCAUUUUCUGGAUUUGUUGAAGGCUUAUGAAAGGCCAUUAUACAAAGGGAGUUCGUUGUCUGUGUUAGAGAUGGCUGCUAGAAUCACUAGUCUAAAGUGCGAGUAUAAUCUGCCCCAUAGAUGUGUUGAUGGGUUUGUUUCUUUGCUCAGUAAAGCAAUUCCUAACAACAACCAUAUGGCCGACACAUUUUAUGAGGUGAAGAAGAUUGUGAAGGGCUUGGAACUGCCUCAUGAAAGGAUUCACGCAUGCCCGAAAGGAUGUAUGUUGUUUUGGAAGGAUGAUGCUCAGCUGUCUACAUGUAAGGUUGCAAAGGCUCUUUACAACCAAGAACAUUUCGGAGGAAAUGACAUGGCAUUCAAAAAAUCCUUGAGUUCAAGGCACAAUGGUACACCCUAUCUUAAAAACCCUAAGGGCAACUUGGAUGUGUACAUGCAACCGUUGAUAGAGGAGUUGAAACACUUAUGGGAAGUUGGCGCGCAUACAUAUGAUAUUUCGAUGAACCAAAAUUUCAAUCUUCGAGCAGCCAUCCUAUGGACCGUUAGUGACUUCCCGGCUUAUGGUAUGUUGUCCGGUUGGGCCACAUCUAGUAAGAAAGCUUGUCCAUAUUGCAUGGAGAAAAGCAAAGCAUUUUGGCUUGAACAUGGUUGUAAGGUUUCUUGGUUUGAUUGCCACCGCCAGUUCCUUUCGACAGAUCACCCUUUUCGGAAUAGUAGAAAUGCAUUCUGCAAAAACAAAGUUGAAAAGGGUACACCUCCACACAUUAGGUCAGGAGAGGAGCUAUGGGAAUGUGUGAAAGACCUUCCGAGGGCUACAGAUGGACCCGAGUCACUUCAACGCCUCAAAAAAGAAAAUAAGGGGUGGUUCAAGCAAAGCAUACUGUGGGAGCUUCCAUAUUGGAAGCAUCUACUUAUUCGUCACAACUUAGAUGUCAUGCACAUUGAAAAUAACUUCUUUGAUCAGUUAAUUCACACAGUAAUGGAUGUGAAAAAGCAUACGUGUGACACGCCAUCCGCUCGAAAUGACAUUGCCAAAUAUUGUAAACGUCCGCAGCUUCAUCUUCAGGAGGAUGAUAGAGGAAAAGAGUUCAUGCCAAGGGCUCCAUUCGCUCUUGACAAGGCUCAGAGAAAAUUUUUGUGUGAGUGGGUUAAACAGCUGCGAUUUCUCGAUGGUUACACCUCUAAUUUGAGCAGAUGCGUAGAUAUGCAAGCAUGUAAGCUACACGGAAUGACAAGCCAUGACUGUCACGUGUUCAUGGAAAGGUUGUUGCCUACUGCUCUGAGGGAAUAG